UCUCCUCUUCUCCUCUUCUUAUCUUUGCAUUGUAUUUAUCAAUUCAUAUCUGCUCUACCCGUUUGUCUGACUGUUGAAUCCCUUCAGUCGAUAUUCACCCCGCCAAUUCCACUUUGCUUUUCAACAGUGCAAACUCUAGCUAGAAGACGUAUCUCAAGGUAUGUCCCAAGCGUUACGAGAUGGUUUCUGAUCACUUCGUAUUCAUGGAUUAGCUUCAAAAAUGCAAAAGCACAGUUCUCACAACACAAUUCAAAGUCCUGGCUGAUUGUAUCGUAG